CUGUCGCUGUGGAAAGAUGCGAUCAGCGAAGAGCGGAGGCUUUUCCUUAAUUGCUCAUUUCGGUAACAGAGGCUAAACAACCCGAAACCAGCCCUCUGUGGUCUCUGCUGUUUAAGCGACAAGCUCCGCACAUCCACCACAGCUUUUACCCGAGAAAUGACCUCGUUGUAAGCGGACGACGCAGACUUUACCCGGCGGUUUUGGCUCGAGAGCUCCACUAUGUCGAAGCGGCGCUCGUCGGAGAGGGGAGCUGGAGAGACAUCAGGCAGGGCCAGCAAGCUGCAAUGUCCAGGGAUAUCUGGCAAUAACGCCAAGAGAGCCGGGCCCUUCAUCCUUGGGCCUCGUCUGGGCAACUCACCAGUGCCCAGCAUAGUGCAGUGUCUGGCCAGAAAAGAUGGCACAGAUGACUUCUACCAGCUCAAAAUCCUGACGCUAGAGGAGCGAGUGGACUCUGCAGGGGAAACUCAGGAGGAGAGGCAGGGAAAGAUGCUGCUGCACACAGAGUACUCCCUCCUGUCUCUGCUGCACAACCAGGAUGGUGUGGUCCACCAUCACGGCCUAUUCCAGGAUCGAGCCUAUGAAAUAGUGGAGGACGUGGAGGCAAACAAAGUACGCAAGAUGAAAAAGCGGAUCUGCCUCGUGUUGGACUGCCUGUGUGCUCACGACUUCAGUGAUAAGACGGCAGACCUAAUAAACCUCCAGCAUUACGUCAUAAAGGAGAAGAGGCUGAGCGAGCGCGAGGCCAUCGUCAUCUUCUAUGAUGUGGUGCGUGUGGUGGAGGCCCUUCACAAGAAAAACAUCGUACACAGAGACCUCAAGCUGGGAAACAUGGUGCUGAACAAACGAACUCACAGAAUCACCAUCACCAACUUCUGCCUGGGAAAGCACCUGGUGAGCGAGGACGACCUGCUCAAAGACCAGCGAGGAAGUCCUGCUUACAUCAGCCCUGAUGUACUAAGUGGUCGGCCAUAUCGGGGUAAACCCAGUGAUAUGUGGGCUCUUGGCGUGGUCCUGUUCACCAUGCUGUAUGGCCAGUUCCCCUUUUAUGACAGCAUACCUCAAGAGCUCUUUCGGAAGAUCAAGGCCGCAGAGUACUCCAUCCCAGAGGAUGGUCGUGUGUCGGAGAACACAGUGUGCCUGAUCCGAAAGCUGUUGGUGUUGGACCCUCAGCAGAGGCUCACUGCAGGAGAGGUGCUGGAGUCUCUCAGUGGCAUCAUUGCCUCAUGGCAGUCUGUUUCAUCGUUGAGUGGUCCUCUACAGGUGGUGCCAGAUAUUGAUGAUCAGGUCAAUCAUCCAGAACAUCUGCAAGAGGCCAAGGUGAUAGAAGAGUCUUCACAGUACGAGUUUGAGAACUACAUGCGCCAGCAGCUGCUGCUGGCUGAGGAGAAGAACACUAUCCAUGAGACAAAGAGCUUUCUAACCAAGCGCCAGUUUGGCAGCAUUCCACCUGUUAGACGCCUGGGCCAUGACGCCCAGCCUGUCAGCCCGCUAGACGCUGCCAUCUUGGCACAACGUUUCCUCCGGAAGUAGUCCACAACAACCCAUCUCAGCUCCUCUGACCUCCCAAGGGAGUCACUGUGGAGCCCAGGGAGGACUGAGGAGCAUCGGCCCCAAAACUGAACUCACAUGCAGGAGGCCCGGCCUGAAACCAGGGUACAUACAGGCCCCAUUUGUGGGUGGGGCUAUGGGAAAGCUAGGUGGAGCCAGCAUGAGGAGGGUACCGGAACAAACUGCAGAUUUAGAACUUCACUCCUCAUGUCCGGAUCCUCCGUUCAAACACGGAAAGUUCUGGAAGAAGAUCUGAACCAAAGGUUUCCUCACCCUCAGUCAGAUCUCACUGUACAACUGACCUGACGGCACGGUCCCACACGGGGCUAACACAAGGCCAUGCCCGGUUUCAUUGAAGAGACGACUUACCCCCUUACUCCUCCUUAUUUUGGGAUGUCCCCAUUACACUUUCCCCUGGAAAAUCUGGAUACCCUGACCAAUACAGGGCCAGAAUCAUGUAGCAACCCCUUCUCUUCCCAGUGGUUAAUGGUAUUGCCUCGAGUCAGAUCACUUGAUUACAGAUGUCACUUCUCUAUACCUCCAUAUCCACCCUCCUCUUCUGCUCUCCUGUAUCAACAAUGAUCCAGACUGGUCCUUUCUGUAACUCUGACUUCAAAUCAAUCUACCUCUCGGUCUCUCUUCUCUGUUGGUAAACCAUGCUCACUGUUCUGAGACGAGGGAUUGUAACAAUGGAGUCUCGAUGCCACCAGUGACAUAAAGCAUUAAUGUUUUCUGUCAGAGUGAUAAUGCUUUGAAACCUUUUUUCAAGGGUUUCAAAAAUCUGAAUAAGCUUUUUUUAUCAUAUUGACCUUAAUAAGUAGCAUUUUAUCCCUACCUUUUGGAUUGAAGAUUCUGAAUAUCAAAGUGUGUUUUCAAGCGUCCUUUGAUAUCUGCAGAAUGCAUCGUCUCCUGCUUUCGCUCAUCCCUGUGGAAACUAUUUUUAGCGUCUAGGCAGCUAGUGUGAGGUACCUGGAAGUCACAAUGCCAAGAACUGAAUGGGAGACACUGUUGGAUCCUCCCUGCCAAGGCAUAUUGAUGGUAACGCUUCCUCAGUGCCAUUAUAGUGAAGAUCAGGCACUGUCAUGUUUCUAUUGCCAAAAAUAAUGUCUUAGAUUUACUCUUAGCCAAGGAAAACCGGUACCCACGGCCUCAUUCAGAAUCAAAUGGCUUCCAGGUAUUCCAACUUCCCUGUUUCUCUUUAUCAACACAGAUCAUGGGACAAGUGUUUUUCAGUAUGAAUGUGAACUGUCAUCCUACGCUUUGAUAAGUCUGCAGUAUCCAUAAGUGUGUCCGUGUGUGUGUGUGUGUGCGCGUGUGUGUUUCUGGCCAGGCAACAUAAGAGUCUGCAGAGCUGUCAAAGCUGUUCACCUCUGACAGUAACAGACUUUUUUUUUAAGCUAUCCUCCAAUCAUUGUGUUCUGUUAUCUGGCCCGCCUCGGUGCAGACACUGUGAAAACCUGAACAGGCUUUGCUAAGACGGGACUUGACUGAAUGUUUUAGUGAUUUUCACGAGUGCUUUCUAAGAUAAGAAAAUAUUACAUAUCUAUUGCCGUUCUCAAGCCCAUCUCUAGCUCAGCUUGUACAUGCUUGUGUUCUCUCACCAUGUAGCCUCUCUAUGCAGAGACGUACUGGUGGCUGGUAAUCGAUACUGUAAUAUUCCAUAGACAAAUGAAAAGACGGACUCAGAGGUGUAGUUGCUCGGUCUUUUAGGCUGUGGAUGCAUUCUUCUCUUGUAUCAAAGGGUUUCUUUAAACCAUGGCAAAGCUACUAACCAGUGACUGUUAGGCAUCUGUACACUGCUACCUGCCUUUGCAUAUUGGUACCUGCUUUAGACGAUCUACACUUCCUAUUUAUAUUCAAACUGAUUGCAUGAACAUUUGCCCUGGAUUUUAUUUCAAAUUUCCUUUUUUUUUCCCCUUUUGUAAUUUCAUGUUGAUUUAUUUAUUCACUCGUGUAGCUCCCCCACCACCCAGAAUCCCCAAACCACUGGGGCGUGUAUCACAGACAUUGAGGGCAAAAUGAAAAAUGUCCUUUGGGCGUGAAAUGUUGACAAGGCGCCAUAAAAGCCAGUGACACAGGCCCCAGAUCUCCGCUCUCUCAGCUUUAAGACGUGUUGUCACCUCCGACAGUGGUUCUCCUCCUUUAAAGCCACAUCCUUGAAAGAGUAGCAUCUCUAUUCUUGUGUUUUUUUUCUUAUUUUUGGAUUCUUUGAUCAUUUUCUUGCCAUUUUGUCACAAACUCCGUGGUCAACUUAAGCUACACUAAUAAACAAGACUGACUUUUGCAUAGUUAUAUUUUUUACACAAAACAAAAUUAUACGCAGACAUUAUCAUGAUUUCAAGGAGGGUUUUUUUUGUUGUGUUUUUUUUUUUCUCCUGCCAUUAAUCCCCCCCACAAAUCCCCACAAAUCCCCACACAAGGCUGCACUCGCUGGUCAGUAUGUAAAUAUGUACCGUCAUUACUGCGUCAGUCGUAAUGUAUUUAGUUCACCCAGUUAGAUACCAACUCUGUUUCAACACAUGCUGAUUGCCGUGCAUUAUGGGCCAUGUUGGCCAUCCACCACAACAUCCAGAGGCUAAAAUAAUAUGUAAAGAGAGCUGUCUGCUUUCUCCCACCUCAAUGUGAAUUUCAUGGGUAAACACCAGUAUUGUAGUAGUCUAGAUUUUUCAUCUAAAGAGGGUGUUACAUGAACACCAUAGCUAUCACCGAGUGCUAAGUGAUCGUCAGUGGAAAGUGUCCUAGGCCAUCCACCAUGACGCCUGACUACAGGUUCAAUGGACUCUUGAUGUAAAUGUUAUAUUCUGCCCCCCCCCCCUCCCCCUUAUCAAGAAGUGUUUCACCUUAGCUAGUGGAUUGUACCACAUUCACAGUUUGUUUUACACAGUUGUAUAGAACUGCAAUGUGGACUGAAAAGCAUGAAAGUAGUGUGAGGUUAAACUCGGUGUAAAAGAUGUGAUUGUUGCAUGAUUUUAAACUUGCAAGCUGUGCCAACUGAAAGACAAUUUGAAGAUCAUUAGUUUUUUCCCCCUUCUAAAAAGCUCUGAGUCUUCAGUAUGAAACCAACAUAUUGUUGACUUUUUUCAUUUGGAAACUUGGUGUAGGAGAUGAUAUGUGGUGUAGUUCAGACACAAUGGGAUAAUGUGUUGUAAGCUGCUUGGUAGACAUGGGCGUCUAGAUACAGAAAACUGCGUAAUUGUACAGAUGAGAACACGUUUGUAUAAAAAACAUAUUUUUCUACUUCAUCAGAUCUCUACAUGCAUGUCAGCAAUAAACUUUGAUAUGGAAACAUU